AUGGUACAUGAGCGGAUGGAGCGCAGCGGAGGAGGAUACGUCUACGCGCCGAAGGCCUUGUGCUUGGUGUCUCUUUUCCCAUGUCUGGAGCUGCUGCGGAGCUUGCUGUCGGACUUGGUCUUGGCCGCACGAGCGGAUCAAGAGAUGCAGCGGUUCACCGGGGAGCCAUGCGACCCCUCCGAACGACUGGUCUUCCGUCUGGUGAGCCAGAUCUUCUACGAGUUGCCACUGCCACCGAACCGGCACACCAUGGUCACCUUGACCGCAGGCCUGAAGGAGGUGACGAUCCUCGACCAGGAGGGCUUUACCAGGGACUUCUCCUUCCGACCACUGGUGGCCUUCCUCUCAGUCAACAGGCUAGCUCAGCUCUUUGUCCUUGUUCUGACAGAAAGAAAGGUGGUCUUGAGCUCACAACAACUCAGCCCUGCACUGCUGGCGGUGAUCUUGGAAGCCCUGCGCGCGCUGCUCUUCCCCUUGGAAUGGGAGCACGUCUAUCUGCCGAUCCUACCUCCGAGCUUCCGCUGGGCAUUGGAAAGCCCUGCGCCCUUCCUGAUGGGCAUGGCUGGCAAGGCGCCGCUGGCCAGCGAGCUGGCAGAGGAUGUUGUGGUCUUUGACUUGGAUACGGGCAAAAGCAUCCCGGACAAGAUCCAGGUUCCGGUGCCCGAGAUCAUCGAGCAGCCGCUGGGGCGCUUGAGGAAUGCGCAUCAGUGGGAGCAACGUGCGGCCAACAAGGACUAUUGGUCCAAGUACGACACGGUGAAGCUGCAGCGGGCCCGCACCGGCUCCGGAGAUGCCGAGUGGCGCAGUGGCGAGUCCUUCGGCGAAGUCGGUGACGAGAGUCGAACUACAGAGGGGCUGGCUGUGGAAGAGCAGUCGCACGACUUUUCCACUUGCUCCCCCUCUUUCGCGGGCAUUGGAAGCAUUGGAACCCAUGGUUUCGCGGGCGAACAAGAGGCUCCAGUGGCGAAAAAGAGGACCAACGGAGCUUUGCAGUGGCAAGAGACCGCUAUGACGGGCAGUUCAGUGAUUGGCACUGUUAGCUUGACAUUGUCCGAGCCUGCGACGGGCCUGUGUUGA